AUGGCUAACUUGAUCCACCACGCAGUGAUCUUCCUACUUUUGAUCACGUUCACGCUCGCUCAAGUUCGCAUUCCUAUCACAAGAAAGCUUCAUGCUCCACAUCCUGCUCUCAAUCGCCGUCUCUCUACCCGCGACUCCGUCUCUGCAUCUCUUGUCAACGAUUUGUCACAAGCAAGCUAUGUGAUCUCCGUCAAAGUGGGAACUCCGGCUCAGGAUAUUGAUUUGACUAUCGAUACAGGAAGCAGCGACACCUGGACAGUCGCCAAUACUGCUGCUUCAUGUACUGGUGUUGGAUUACCAGAGAAGAAUGGAUCUGCUCCAGCCCUAUGCGAGACACCAUACAAUUCAAAUGCUUCUUCAACCGUCCAGUUGAACAUCACGACUGAUAAAUUCAAUAUCGAGUAUGUGGAUGGUGGUAAAGCCAAAGGGCCUUAUAUAGCCGACACUUUUGUGCUUGGUAAUGCCACCAUCAAGUCUCUCCAGAUGGGUCUCGCCAACGACACAAACAUACAGCUUGGAGUACUGGGACUUGGUUAUUCUAUCAGCGAGGCCUCUGAUACCAUAUAUCCAAAUAUCAUUGACGAGCUGGUCUCCCAAAAUCUUAUCAGUACCAGAGCUUAUAGUCUCUAUUUAGAUUCGCAAGACUCAGCUACUGGAUCCCUUCUUUUUGGUGCAGUCGAUACCACCAAGUUUAUCGGGGAACUAGUGAGCUUAGAUAUAGUACCCCAACCUAUCUGGAAUGGCUCGGUUCUCUACUCAUCAGUGUCAAUUGAGCUUGCUGCAGUGGGUAUCACAGAUCGAGAAGGCAUUUCUGCAAACUUGACAACCUCUCCCCAAGUUGUACUUCUGGACUCUGGAACCACGCUUACCAUAUUACCAACUGAGGUUACGGAUGCUAUGUUCAAAAAAUUUAACGCCUACGACGAUACAAACUCUACUGGUAAUGUCUACCUCCCCUGUUCAGUGCUCAAUACUUCAUCCUCUUUAACAGUCGACUAUCUGUUCUCCUCCUCUUCCGCUUCUGCCAUGAUUAGGGUUCCCAUAUCAGAGCUUGUAUUUCCACUUACAAAUCCGACUUACGCACUGUAUCCCGAGGACACUCUCCCAGAUUUGCCAUUUAGCGGCGAAGCAUGUGCGUUUGGAAUACAAUCGACGAACGCGGACUACCAUUUGCUUGGGGAUACCUUUUUGAGAAGUGCAUAUGUGGUUUAUGACUUGGAUAACAAUCAGAUUGGACUCGCGCAGGCCAAUUUUAAGGGAAAUGAUGCGGAUACCAGUUCAAGUGAAGGGCAUGGAAAUAAGUAUAUUGUGGAGUUGAAAGCGGGAGAAGCGAUUCCGGCUUUCACUGGCGUUAGUGUGACUAGUUCGGCGGAACCUAGCCCUACUAGUAGCGCUAGCAGGACUUCGAAUACUCCUUCUGACACGGCAAAAGCUACAGCGACUGGAAAGUCUAGUGUCGCUGUAUCGAUGUUCAGGAAUAUAGAUUUCAGAGUUCUUGGUAAUAUCAUCAUGAAUUCUCGGCAAACUCCCAAGGUUGCACUUAUUACAGGGACAAAUGGAAUCUCAGGAUCCGCCUUGUUGAGGCAACUUUCUAAGAAUCCAGUUUGGACCCGUAUCAUUGCCCUUUCGCGCUCCCCACCCUCCAAUCUUCCUUCCGAUUCCCGUGUUGAAUUCCACUCUCUCGAUCUCACAGCUACUGCUGGUGAAAUUGCCGAGGCUUUGAGUGCUAAGGAAAUCACAAAUGUUACGCAUUUCUUUCACUAUGCCUACAUUCAUACCGACUAUGACCAUCCUCAUCACCUAGAAGAGAUGACUAAGAACAAUGUGCCUCUCUUCACCAAUACUCUCACUGCCAUCGAUCUCACUUCUCGUGAUAGUUUGCAACGUGUGAUUCUCCAAACCGGAGGAAAGAACUAUGGUUUACUUACCUCCCCACCUGCCUCAGUGCCCCUAACCGAAGAUGCUCACCGGGUGACCGAUCCUCGUUCCCUUCCCAACUUUUACUACCACCAAGAGGAUUUUCUCUGGUCACUCUCUGAAGAACGUUCUUGGAGUUGGAACAUCACAAUGCCGUUCUGGAUAUCAGGGUAUGUAGGAAAAUCCGGAAACAGCUGGGUUACAUCCGCAGCCAUUUACUUUAGUCUCUGUCAAGCUCUCAACAAACCCGCGAUUUUCCCCGGUGGAGAAGAUGAGUACUAUGGGAAAUGGGACAAGGGACAACACUUCAGUACGAGUUGGGUGAUUGCGGAAUUCACAGAAUGGUUAGCGUUAAAUGAAGAGCCGACAGUGAAGAAUCAGAAAUUCAAUAUUGUAGAUGAGACGGUCACUACGUUUCGAGAUGUUUGGGAGGGGAUUGGAAGGUAUUUUGGGGUUGAGACGAAGGUGGAACGAAAAUAUGAUUUGAUGAGUGAAGUGAAAGAGAUGGAGAAAGAAUGGCCGAAAAUUGCAAAAAAGUAUGGAGUAAGAGAUGAUGCGUUGAGGAUCGUUACAUGGGAUGCGUUUGUUCAUGGGAUGGACGCGGGGGAGUGGGGAAGUGUGGUUAAUAUGAAUAAAGCAAGUAAGGCGGGGUGGACGAAGAAGGUUGAUACUAUUAAAGAGAUGGAGAAGAUAUUUGGGGAGAUGAAAAACGAUGGAUGGAUUCCGAACGUCUGA